ACGAAUACAGCAUUACUGGCAAUGCUGCAAUUCGUGAAUUUGUUGUUUCAUUUGCAUAAAAUUUUCGAAAUGCUAGGUAGGUAGUGCACAGUUUGGUGGCGUUUAUUCCAAUCCAUCAAUUACUCGUGUAUCACCUUGAGCAUUAUCAUCUACAAGAUCACAUUCUUUGGAGUUAAAAUCAGAUUCCUAUUUUUCAAGCCCACUAUUGUACCGUAUUGAGCGUUUCAUCGAGAGUGCUUGGCUUCUGAACAAAGUUAGUUUGAAAUUUAGUUCAUUGAAGGAAUUUUAGGAAUUGCCAAGACAAAUGUUUGAUCAGCUAUGUCAUGGAGAAGUAGUUUAAACUAAUCAAAGUUGAUCCAAGAAUCAGAAAGAAUUCUGUUGGUAGAAAAUGCACACUUGUUUGAAAACUCUACUGCUACAAAGUGGAUGGAUGAAUCAUCAAAGAGGACAGGGGUUCAUCAAAAGAGCAUGAAAAACUUUGAAUGCUGUGGUAGCCAUUUUGACAACAUAACCUCUACAACACACUAUCCUGCAACAUGCUAUCCACGUAUACAUACGCUGCCUAAGCCCAAGAAUUUUACCAUCGAGCCCAGCUUUGACGCCACAAUGCCAUCCAUUUCGAUCUUUUCAGUUUAUGUGCAAUAUCUAUGGUUAGGCCUCCAAACAAAAAAAUUAAGUGGCAUAAAAGCAAAAACAAAAGCCAUUUCAUGUUUACAGAGGUUUAAAAUGGAAGAACUAAAAGUGUUUGCUGUCAGUCCUGCUUCUGUUGAAAUCAAAAUGGAUUAAAUCGUGUGACUGGAACUUGUCGCUUUGACCUAAGAAAAACUAUCACCAAGCAAACUCGUUUUUCAUGUUGUGGUACCUUUGCAGUAGAGAAAGAUUCUUGUUAAUCUCUCAUGUCUGUGUUAUCGACUCCCUGCUUGUUCUGUGAUGAUCAACCCGAUUCGCAUCGAAAACCGCCAUCUAAGGUCGCAUACAUCUCUAGCAGUAGCCAUGUCUUCUUUGUUGCCUCAAAUUCAGCGUUUGCUGGAACUAUCGACUUUCAUUACGAAUCAAAUUCGUGGAAGAAUAGAGUUAGAAGCUCGUUCUUAAGCUAUAGAAUGAUUCAAGUACGUCUGGAGCAUCUCAAAAUUGGCUAUUGUCCGCUGGGAACUUGAGGACCCGGUGAAUCGCGAAACUCCGCUCGAUGCUCUUCAGUAUGCGUGUGGAGCACUGCCGGUAUUUCCUUAACAUGGAAAAAGGUGAACAUCUGUAGAUGUUGGAACGUGUCAUUCUCGAAAGUCUCGACGUAGUAAAGUGGAAACUCCGCCGUCUAUAAAAUCAUUACCGUGAUGCAUUUUAACACACAACGUCUUGAGGGGAAAAAAAAACGUGUGGUUUAUGGCUGAUAGUGGCCCACCUGGUCCGGUGAUGAGUCAUCCGUUCCGUCAGUUGGAUCUGAUGUAAGUAAAAGCAGGAUAUUCCUAUGAAUCAUGUUUGACUCAAAAGAAAAUGAAGCUGAACCGAAGACCCAAAAGAGUUUUCUUCCGGAAAAGGCGACAUUUGCAUGUUCAUUUUGUCCCUACAGUUCGGAUUGGCGCAGCAAUUUAAGAAUGCACGUGACGAGAGUCCACAAAAAAUCGAUCGGUUUGCUCGAGUGCUGUUUCAUCUCUUUUCCGGACAAAAAGGCCUUACGAGAUCAUGUCGCCGUCUGUCAUAUCCAGCGAUUUAUAUGCAAAACCUGUGACAGUUGUUUUACCCAAUCAACUAGUCUUAAACGUCAUGUGGCUAAACGAUCGUGUUUCAAAAACUUCAGUUGCAGCUUCUGUGAGUACACCACCACACGUAAAGAUGAUUGGGAUCAGCAUAUUCAAUUGCAUAAAAAGGAAGAGGAUAAAUCUGAAUGCUCCUCGACUUUGUCAGCUCCUGCCGAUUCCGCUCAACAAAACAGUUCUCCGUUAAACGUUCAGUUGAAAGAAACAUCAUUUACUUGCCCAAACUGUCCGUUUGAAACAAAAUGGGAACAAAGUCUUCGGCGGCAUAAAAGGACCCAUCAUGGAAUAACUAUGGAAUCGUGUUGGAGCAACUUUAGUGGCAAGAAGAGCUGUCGAAAGCGCAGAGCUCCCAAUCAUCGAUUGAGGAUUGGUGAUCGUGGAUUCCAAUGCGCAAAUUGUAAUAAAGUCUUUAAUUCCGCGGAUCUACUUCGGCGUCAUCAGCCGGUGCAUUCUGGUCAAAAGCCAUUCAAGUGCAAUCUCUGUGAUUACGCCUCUUCACGCUCAGGGAGUUUGAACCACCACAAGGCACUUAAACAUAAAGAAGAUAAUCAGCCAACAGCUCUCCGAUUGUCUAAUCAACUAAUACUGCCAGACAGUUUGCCUAACGAAGACAGCCAAACAAACGAAGAAGAUGUCGAAGUUCAACGGGUUCCAUCAUUGCGUAGUUCAUUUAAACCGGUGGUUGACAAAAUAGUGCUUGAAUGGGAUCACAAACAAAUUAUGGGCAAUGAGUAUGAAAUCUGUGGUGUAAAACAUGAAGAAGUGGAACAAAGUAAGGGUCCCUUUUUCCAGUCUCCAUCGGAUCCGCCUAUUGACUCCUUGGAUGGCGAAACUGAUGAAUUAGAUUCGGUCAUGAUCGAGUCCAAACUACCCGACGUCGAUGUAAAAAUCCAAAAGAGCUCAGCUCAAGAAGCAUGCAUAUUUAACUGCCCACUAUGUCCUUUUAACACGAAAUGGCUCUCGGCUCUAAAGCGGCAUUUAAAGAUACACGAAAAACAGGGUAUUUUUUCGCCAACGCCGUCAUCAUCGUCCAUGCAAUACAACUCGUGUUCUUCGUCUGAACCCCCUUUGAAGAAAAGUGUGAUGCUGAACUGCUCGCUUUGUCCAUACAGUACGAAAUGGUCAACUAAUUUUAAAAUGCACGUGGAUCGGACACACAAGAAGAAUAGAUGCAAAUGUACAACCUGUGGACGAAUUUGUCGCAACAUGUUUCUUCUCCAACGUCAUCAGAAGAAUCACUUAGUUGUCAAGAAAUUCACUUGUAGCAUCUGUAACUACGCGUCUUCGCAAAAAGGCCAUGUAGAGAAACACAUGAAAACACACAAACCUGGAGACGAUUUUCAAUCGACCUCUUUGUCGAUUGGUCAGCCAGCCGAAUGCGACACAUCCUUAGAAGUUCGUCGAUUACGUAGCUCUUGUGUUAUAGCUCCAGAAAGAGAAGAGAAUAGAUCGUCCAGGAAUGAUUCUAUUGAAAAUGGUCGACGAGGCGUAAAAAGAAAGAGAAAUUCCAUCGAUCCUGUUACCAUGAAUGUUAGGACUGAAGAAAUGGCGCGAGGGUACGAACAGAAGGAUAAGCAACCAGAAGAAAUCCAGAACGCUGAAUUAUCGAUUUCGGAGUCUGAUCGUUCGGUUCUUCCACCAACACCACGACAAUUACGGCGAAGUCGUAGAUUUGCCGUCGAGCCGGCAGUGUCUUUGCCUUCAAAAGAUUCAUGUGGAAAUUUGAUACCUCUGCCCAUGUCUAUGAUUGAUUCUAUUUACGGAGAGGCCCGCCUGCUAAGGUCUCAGGUAUCGCUAGUACAAACCGUACCAUCUUUGCUGCCCCUGCUCUUGCGGCUACUAGAGCUGUCAUCCUCUACCACGAGCCAAAUUCGUGUCAUACUGGAGCUAGAAGUCCGCUAUCGAGCCAUCGAAUGCUUUGAAUACGUGUGGAACGCGUCCAAAAUGGCUAUAAUCCGAUGGGAUCACUUAAAAGUUGCAAUGAAUCGUGAUACUUUGCUUAACGCCAUCCGAUAUGCUUUUGGAACACUACCUGUCUUCAUCAACUGGGAGAAGAAUGAACAUCUCGAAAUGCUAGAAAGUGUCAUCUUACUAUGUUCCAAUACAGUUAAGAACUGGAAACAACCAUCUGCCUAGGUCUGAGCUCAGUGUUGAGGUAGAGUGAACAGGCGAUAUCAAAAGAAUUCACUAGCGAUCCCGCGGGAAAUGACAGAACUGUUGAUGAAUAAUAAGAAGGAAAGUUUGACAUCUAUAGUCGCAGAGGCUGUGUCGAAAGCAAUCGCCUUUGUUCUAGAUCCGAUAAAAUGAGCAAAAGGUAUUAAUGCCAUUUAUACGCAAACGCAUGCUCCUGUAACACCAUGGAAAAUUCCCGUGUCCACGGCUUCCAAUCCCAUCUAAAGAGAAAAAUGUUGUAGUCGCCAAAGAUUGUCACAUAGCCAACAUAUCCAUAUGGCAGAACACCAAAGCGUGGAACCUGAAAGGUUUUAAAGACGGUAAUCGUUAUGUUAAUGCCCUGUACCGAUAUGGAAUGGGGAAAGACGUGUCCUUAUGAUUUCUAAGGCAGAAUAUAAACAUUGAAACAUU